UUUUCUGGUUCUACAAGAGCAGCAUCUUUCAAGACCGGACCGGAUCGGGUUUUCAUGAGCCGGAUCGGGUCAGACUGGACCACAAGCCUUUUGCACAGUUCUACCCGGUACAAUUGUCCAAGUCCGGAAGGAAACCAUACCACUUCUUGGAUUUUACCAUGGGUUUUCCCAAGGUCCCCGCUCGGAGCAUCAGCGCCGCCGUCUCUGCGAGACUCUUCCCCGCCAUUGCUCCGCUGCCCCACCGCCUAUCUUCAUCUUCACAGCCUCACCAAGACCACGACAACAGCUCAUCCCCAACCGUUCAGUAUUCAAAUGACUCCGAACUGGUAUCAAGGAUCCUUCUCCAGCACCACAAUCCCUUUCAUGCCACGGAGUCCUCUCUGCAGCUCCAUGGAAUCACCCUUACCCCUCACCUUUUACAUGAGGUCCUCCUCCGCCUCAGGAACUCUUCAAAAAUCGCGCUUGCCCUUUUCAAUUAUUCUAAAUCCCUUCCCGAUCCACCUCUCAGCUCCGAUUCCUACAACCUCAUGAUCGACAUCAUGGGCAGGGUUCGCCAAUUCGAUGUCGUUUGGCAACUCAUCAUCGAGAUGGACCAGAGAAAGGUCAACCCCACUUCUACUACCUUCUUGAUAAUGAUUCGCAGGCUUAUUUCUGCUGGGCUUACUCGCCAAGCAAUACGUGCAUUCGAUGACAUCGAUAAUUUUGUGGAGGAGAAGGUGCAUUCUGAAGAUUUCUGUUAUUUGCUGGAUACCCUUUGUAAGUACGGGUACGUGAAAGUUGCCGUUGAAGUUUUUAACCAAAAGAAGCACAGGUUUGUGCCUGAUGUGAAAAUGUACACGGUUUUGAUUUAUGGUUGGUGUAAGAUAGGUCGCAUUAAAAUGGCAGAGGGGUUCUUGAAGGACAUGGUGGAGAAAGGACUUGAGCCUAAUGUUGUUACAUAUAAUGUGUUGUUGAAUGGAAUUUGUAGGCGGGCAAGUUUACACCCAGAAGAAAGAUUUGAAAGGACAUUAAGAAAUGCUGAUAACUUGUUUGAUGAAAUGCACAAGAGAGGGGUUGAGCCAGAUGUUACUAGUUUCUCCAUUGUGCUCCAUGUCUAUAGCCGGGCUCAUAAACCGCAACUGUCCCUUGAUAAAUUAAGAUCGAUGAAGGAGAAAGGAAUCUGCCCAACGGCUGUGACAUAUACUUCCGUUAUUAAAUGUCUUUGUUCAUGUGGCUGGCUUGAAGAUGCUGAGGAGUUGCUCAAUGAGAUGGUAAGGAACGGAAUAAGUCCAUGUGCUGCAACCUAUAAUUGCUUCUAUAAGGAAUAUAGGGGCAGAAAGGAUGCAGAUAGUGCUUUGAAGUUGUUCAAGAAAAUGAAGGAAGAUGGUUUAUGCAUGCCCAACAUGCACACAUACAACAUAUUAGUUGUUAUGUUUUUGAAAUUAAACAAAAUCGAGGUUGUGAAACAACUAUGGAAUGAUAUGAAAGAAACUGGGGUGGGACCAGAUUUAGAUUCCUAUACGCUACUAAUAAAUGAACUUUGUGAGAAACAAAACUGGCGGCAGGCUUGCGGUUAUUUUGUUGAGAUGAUCGAGAAUGGGUUUCUUCCUCAGAAAGUUACUUUUGAGACCCUCUACAAAGGCUUAAUACAAUCUGAUAUGUUGAGAACUUGGAGAAGGUUGAAGAAAAAGCUUGAUGAGGAAUCAAUAACAUUUGGUUCAGAGUUCCAAAAGUACCAUUUAAAGCCCUAUAGGAGAUGAUCUGAAAUCUAUAUAAAUAUAUGCAGAGUUGCUUGCAGCUACCAUGCACAAGGGAAAUUUGAAAGAGAACAAUACCAUACCUCGUGGU